AUGAUGCUGACAGAGCCGUCUUUCUCGUUCAGCUUCAGCUAUCCCAACGGUGAACCUCAGACCCCUACGAGGACUCCCCCGACAACCACAAUCUUUGGCGAUUCCGCUUUUCAGACUCCCAAACUCGAAUCCAGCUUCUUCGAUCCCCGGGUUACCUGGGAUACUUCGGACCCCUAUGCCUCGAGUCCGGAAUUCCUCCGCACGCCCCAGAAGUUUGGGCUGAGCACACCUUCCAUCAACCCUCUCCGGCUGCCGGACACUGCCCCCGACCGACCGACAGACACUGAGGACAAUUCCCGGAAUGGCAAAGCGGCGGAGCAGGACACAGAUACGGCCAAGAGACGUCGUCCGUCGAGGCCACAUGGGCAUGUGGGAGAUGACGGUCCUCGCACGGUAGAUUCAGCCAAAUCUGCUGCGACAAUUCAAACCCCUCCUCCCAGCAGUGCUUCUAGGAAGAAGGUGACGGGGCUUGACGAGGCCACUGGUACAGGUCGACGGCCGUCCGCCUCGAGUAUGGUUGGCGGCCAUUUAGAGACUCCCAGUCGGUUACUGGGGGCUUCCCCACGACUCUUCGGAGAUCUUCAAUCCUCCCCAGACCCAUUCCAGCUAGGAGCAAUCGAUUCUGCAGCCUCUACAUUCUUCCCACAGCAAAGGCUAUUUUGGGACCAUGAUUUCAACCAGCACGAGAGCAAUAUGGGCCUGUCGGCCAGUAACAACCUCGAUUUGUUUGACCUUCAUGCCAAUGACUCCUUCCAUGUCAACCACACCACCGCCCCAGAUUCUCACAUCCCACAAUUGCCCAUAAUCGAAGGGAACACGGACCUCCCCGAUUUCAACAGUAGUACAUAUAACCUCUCCUCUGGGGUGACCACUACCGACGCUGCCCUGUUUCCUGCCCCUUUUUCUACUUCCCCUCGCCGCCCUAUCACAAAAGCAGAAGAUCCAGCGCUGUUUCUGAGCUCCCCUGCACGCCGAUUUGGUGGGCUGCAGCCGACUCCCGAGAAGAGGCUCUUUUCCCGACCGACUCGCCAGCCCUACCAUCACCAAACGGAAGAGUCCAAGAGAGAAGAGCUCCGCCGUGCUCGCAGCGUCAACCACCAUAUUCCUGUUUAUGAGGAUGAUGAUGACGAUGACUACACUCCCCGUCAGAUGAGGCCUGCUCUGACUCGUAGCCUAACGCACAGUGCUAUUGCAGGGUCUGCCAGCCGAUCGGCGUCUGGGUGUAUGAUGGCUUCCAACGGAAUCCGGAAGAGUCCCUCCAAGGGUCGCUCGUCGCCUAUCAAGCCCAUUCGUCAUCAGCUGUCGAGGGCAAACUCGGUGGCUGCUAGUCUGCCCAGACGCUCUCAGUCUGUAGUCCUCAAAAUAGGGAAAGACGGUAGAGCUAAGGCGGAAAUGCAACCUGUGCCCGAGGCAUCCACCGGCUUGACGGACCCCCUCACAGGAAUGGACUUGGAUGGCUCGACCACGGAAAGCGAGUAUGACUCGGUGGACUACUGUGAAUACCCACUUGUCCCCAGCCGCAACCCUUCGUUUGCCUUUUCCGACGCCAGUGGUGCGACGAUUGCUCGUAGUGACUGUGGUUCACGGCCCCAUUCGAAGGGUUCCUAUACCUCUACGGCAGCGUCGUCCUCGGGACGAGCAUCGCCAUGGGCUGACGCCGGUCGAGGGCCUUCCAGGCGACCACAGUACAAGCCUACUCUGGAUGACUGGAAGCGCACCCCGAAGAAGCAGUUGACAACGCUACACUCAGACCUGUCAUACCUCAGUGCCGGUUCCCUAGGCGAGCCUUUUGCUGAUCCCGAGGACGACAGCGGUGACGCCCAGCAUGCACUCCGGAAGGUCCUUCAAGAGAGAGGUCGGAUCCCUCGUCCGCACACUGUGAGCUACGGGUCACGGAUCAGCCGUUCUGCUCGCUCUCUCGCCCACCUCCGAUCGUCCCCGCCACGAUUUGGUGCAGAGCUUGACCUCAGCUCACGAACCACGAACACAUCGCCCACGACCAUGACCGACCCCGACAUAGCCACCCCCGUCACCGACCGCUUCAGCAACCCCAGCAAUGGGACCCGGUGUGUCUGCAAUUCCAUGGACAAUGGUGGCCACCUCAUGAUCCAAUGCGAAUCAUGCAGUCACUGGUUGCAUACCAAGUGCGUCGGACUGGAGCGGGCCAACCUGCCAUCCGUAAUCAUCGGGUCCGAGUGCCUGUCGGGGCUCCUGGACACGCACCCACCUCGCCUCUAG